GUCAUGGGUGCCACUGGUUCCGGCAAGACUACUUUCAUCAACACCGUCAGUGGGUCUCACCUCGCGGUCGGCGACGGCCUGAAGUCCUGCACGAACAGUGUGGAACUGUCACAAUCGUUCAUGCUAGCCGGACGCACAGUCAGGCUGAUAGACACACCCGGCUUCGACGAUACCAAUCUCUCAGACACAGACAUUUUGGUCAUGAUCGGGGCGUCUCUGUCCAAGAUGUACGAAGAGGGCCACAAACUUAGUGGCGUCAUAUACAUGCACCGCAUAUCCGACUUCAAGAUGACCGGGAUGUCCCGGCGAAAUUUCUCCAUGUUCCGGAAACUCUGUGGCGACGACACCCUUCGGAACGUGAUCAUCGUUACGAACAUGUGGAGCGAAGUGAAUGCGGAGCGCGGUCUCGCACGCGAGGAUGAGCUCGCUACCGACGACAUGUUCUUCAAGCCCGUCCUAGACAAGGGCGCGCGCAUGAUGCGCCACGACAACUCCUACCAAACCGCAGCAGAUAUCCUCAGCCAGCUCGUUCCUAACCGCCGUCAGACGCUAUUGAUCCAGCGGGAGCUGGUAGACGAAGACAAGGACAUUGCCGAGACCACGGCUGGUGCGGAGCUCGCGCGGGACCUCGAAGAGCAGACGCGUAAAUAUCGC